AUAAUAUGUUGCCACUUCCGCAAGUACGACUGACUACUUCCGUUCUUUUUAAGUAACCAUAACAAACAUGGCGACGUACAGAGAGGUCGGCAGGUUGUUGGGUAUUUCAGCAAGACUUUCCCGUCCUGGAUAUCAGAGUGGUGGAUUACACUGGCCUUCACAUAACACACGGGUCUUUAACAGAUGGCCACAGAACCCCCAUUGGCUUGUCCCUGGACGGACCAUGUUUGUGCAGACACAGGAUACACCAAAUCCAAACAGUCUAAAGUUUCUUCCCGGUCGCACGGUUCUUGAAUCAGGAACUAUGAAUUUUGCCAGCCCCCGUGACGCGCACUGCUCACCCCUCGCCAGACAGCUGUUCAGGAUUGAUGGAGUCAAGGGUGUGCUUCUCGGCCCAGACUUUAUCACCAUAUCAAAGUCUGAUGAAAAUAUGGAGUGGAAAGUAAUCAAGCCUGACGUAUUUGCUACCAUUAUGGACUUUUUCACUUCUGGACUUCCUGUUGUCAAUGAGGACAGCAAACCUAGUGCAGAUACGGCACCAUCAGAUGACGAUGACGAAGUAGUUGCUAUGAUCAAAGAGCUCCUGGAUACUCGAAUAAGGCCAACAGUGCAGGAGGAUGGAGGUGAUGUGCUGUAUCGGGGGUUUGAAGAUGGCAUCGUUAAGCUGAAGCUGCAGGGCUCCUGCACCAGUUGUCCCAGUUCAAUUGUUACUUUAAAGAGUGGAAUCCAAAACAUGCUGCAGUUUUACGUCCCCGAGGUUGAGUCAGUGGAGCAGGUCAAGGACGAGGAGGAGGAGGAAGCUGCUCAAGUUUGAACGAAACUGAAACCAGAACCACAUUUUCACAUUCCUCCCUCCCCGUGGCCACUUCCCAUAAUGCAAGACAUAGCUGCAAUAAAAUGAGCUUGUGUAUAGCGUAGCGAAAUCAACAUCGUUGCUAUUCAUCCAUCACGUUAUUGACUUUUCUUAUUUCAAUACUAUGACAGUAUUUUAAAUUGAAGAAGAGCUCGGUCAUAAAGACGCAGAUGACUGCAGAGGUGGGAUAAACUGUAUUUAUUGUUGCAUAUUGUUACAUCUUUUUUGAAUCAGUCACUUGUCAGGGUGGCCUUUAGGGCUAAAAAUCAUAUGUGGUAUGUAUAUAAAUAAAGCUUAUUGAAAUAUUUUA